AUGCUAGUCUUUAGCUUACUCAGCAAUGAAGUAGGUUUUGCUCUUGGGGACAUUGGCACUGCUGUUUCUUAUGCACCACCAUAUUUACCUACCAAGUGUCAUGGAAAUAGGCAAGACCAAUUCCCACCAGGGAACUUUUUUGCUUCUGUGAGUGAAGGUAUAUGGGACAAUGGUGCUGCAUGUGGGAGGCGUUACAAGUUGAGGUGCAUAAGUGGAAAUAAUAGGCCAUGCAAGGAUGAAACUAUUGAUGUUUGGGUGGUGGAUUUCUGCAGAAAAUCACCAUGCCCUUCUACUUUUCUCUUGUCAACUGAUGCCUUCUCUGCUGUAUCACGUUCUCCAUCCACAAGAAUCAAUGUUGAAUACAUCCAGUACGAUCGGAUUCAAUUAAGACAUGUUGCUGAACUCUAUCAUGCCGAUGGAUCUGAAAUCCAAGAGAGAUCGAUAACGGUGAAAACAAGAGAAGGGAAACGCAAAAACUUCCAGCAAGAAGAAAGCUUCAAUGUUGUUAGAAAGAGAGAGAAGAGGGACUAA